CUCCCUACAUCCAGCUGUGCAUCCGACUGUGAAGCGUUGAACUGAUAUGCUGUUCCAAAAUGCUUCUGCUUUGUCCCCUCUGCUGUUUCUUCUCCUCUUCCUCCACCUGAUCCUCGCAGUCUGGUUUUCGAGGCAUGCUGCGAGUCACUCGACGUUUGUUAGAUCUUGUGGGCUUUCCUAAGCUGCCUUUGGAUCUUGACGCCACUGUCGCAGCAUUUCUACGUGCUCCUGCUGCCCGGGCUUGACAUUGCUUUUUCAUUCGACCCUUCUCAGGCUCGGUUCAUCUUUUGCUGUACUGAUUCACGUUGGGACCGACACAAUGGCGGGAUCGAUGCGACCUUCGAGGCUGAAACAGAUCGUGGACAAGCUUGGGCUGAAGUUGAAUAUCCCUAUCGUGUUACUGAUGAUCAAGGGAGCUAUUGCACCGACCAUAGGUCUUGCCAUCUACCAAGCCGACCGUGUGGCUAAACACUAUAGCACUAUUGGCUAUCUUGUUCCUAUCAUGUCACUGUUUGUCGUUCCUAUCCUGCCCCGCGCAAGGUUUCUACAGAACUUGUUUGUCACCUGCUUUCUUACCUGCUUCGCGGCUGCAAUAUCCUUGUUGUACAUGUGGACCGCGAUCAAAGCUCGACAGAAUACCACACAUCUAUCCGCCGAACAGCGCAUCAACGGACCUGUCCCGGGAGCCCAAGUUGUCCCCUACAACGCAGCAGCAAGUGCAUGUCUUGCAGUCUGGUUCUUCUUCUGGCUAUGGGCAUACAACACGUUUCGUGCGUUCCGGCCGCAGUACUUCCUCCCUCUCAUCGUGUUCUCGGUCUACAUCAAUGUCACUGCAACAUAUGGAUGCAUCUUUCCCGCGAUGGAGCAAGCUUAUAGCCUGACGAGACGCUUACUUGAUUGCUUUUUCGUUGGCUUCGGCAUCGCCUUCGCGGUGCACUUUGUGGUGCUUCCUAUCACGACACGGGAUUUGAGCACGAUAAUUCUCAACGAGUAUCUUCACUAUCUCAAAGCCAUCCUCGAUGCCCAAGCUCAAUUGGUUGAAUCGCUACCUAGCCGCGAGUGGGCCGCAGGCAACACAGCACGCAGUGUCGGCAGUGAUAGUGAUAACAGCUCCAACGACCGGCUCACGGAAUGGCCCGAAGCAGAUACAUGGCGGGCUGCCACUGCGGGAGCCACUGAAUGUCAAAUCAAGAUCCAGUCUGAAUUGCGCUAUGUCAAGCGAGAAUUCACGUGGAGCAAAUUAGCAGCGAGAGACUUCAAGUGUGUCUCGAGGAUACUGAGAAAUAUUCUGAUCCCGAUCGCUGGUAUGGAGACCAUCAUACAGGCGAGUGAUCGGGUUGUGAAGCUGGGAGGGUGGACUGCUACGAACAUUCCAAAGGGAGCACGCUCGGAUUUCUCAGACAGUGACCAAGAAAAGCAGACCUGGGGGUGGCUCUUUGGUCAACUCCAUGAGCCUUUCCAUAACAUCUGCAAAGCCAUGGUGGAAGGUCUUGACUAUGCCUUUUUCACCCUCGGAUUCACGAGGAAGCCAGCAUUUUCCACCAAAGAGGAGCUCAAAGCACGCUCAUCUGAUGUGGAAGGAUUUACUGGAUACCUCCAGAAGACUAUCGACGACUUCCUGAAAGCACGAGAAGGACCUCUCAAAGAAUGGUGCAGCAUGAAUGGCAUGGACGCGCUUGCUGGUCCGAAUGUACGUCAAGCGAUCCAGCAACGCAGUCGUUCGCAACUGUACCUCAUCCUUGAUCUGGAGUUUUCAAUCAUAACCACGGCCCGAGGGAUCCUAGAUCUCGUCCGCUUUGCCGACUCCAAAGUCGAGGACGGCACGAUGAAGCACAAACGCCUGAUAGUGCCGACGUGGAAGACGCUCAGAAAAUGGGCUUGGGCCCUGAUCACCCGCGAAGACAGCAACCUCGAUUACCAAUCGUACAGCUACCGUAGCGGCACUCCUACCGUGUAUCUGGGCGAUGCGCUGGGCGUUGAACGCGAUCCUGAACAUCUUCCUCCGGAGAGCUGGUGGGAGAAGUUGACCGACUGCUUCCGAGUCGUCCCCAAAAUCUUUGGCUCUAAAGAAUCAUGGUUCGGCUUCAAAGUGGCUGUGGGGACCAUGUUAAUUGCCGUGACAUGCUACCUGCGCAACUCGCAAGAGUUCUACAUCAAGCAGCGGCUCAUCUGGGGAGCGAUCAUGGUAGCGAUUAGCAUGACUCAGACCGCUGGAUCGGGCAUGUACGGACAAUUUCUGCGCGUGUUCGGCACGUUUCUGGCCAUGACGUUCUCGUAUAUCGAUUGGUACAUCGUCGACGGGCACAGCGCGGGGGUCAUCGUCUUUGUGGGAAUUACUAUGUUCUUGUACCAUUACCUGCUGGUCACGAAGCCGGACGACCCGGUUAUCCCGAUGAUCGGAAUGAUCACAAUUAUGUUGAUCGUUGGGUACGAACUGCAGGUCAAGAAAGUCGACAUUGCGAUUUCCGAGUCGAAUGGCCAGGUGUUCCAUCCCAUCUACGAACUGGCGCCAUAUCGUUUGGCCUGCGUGCUCGGCGGCGUGGGUGUGGCGUGUCUUUUGACCUAUUUCCCAUCCGUGACGACUGCUCGAAGCGAGAUGCGGAAAGACCUAGGAAACACUUUGUAUCUGCUCGGGCAAUAUUAUGGCUUGACGCAUAAGGCUGUCUUCCUGCGGUUGAAGGGUCGUGAAGGGAACGUGCAAGACAAGAACAGUCCCAUCCGGAAGGUCGAAAAGGCGCGGGUCAAGCUGUUCGCCAAGGAGUUGAUCCUGAUCCAAGCGAUGAAAAACCACCUCCAUUUCAUCAAGUGGGAGCCGACGUUUGGAGGGAGAUUCCCGGAGGAGACAUAUGGGAGGCUGUUGAACCAUACCCAGAAUAUCCUUCGUUUCACGGGCAUGAUCGCCUACGUGACCAAGACGUUCAAAGAACUUCCCGAGAACACACAAGUGCAGACCGGCGACAAAGAGGAAGGCAAGAGGACAGGGACUUGGCUCGAGGGCUUUAAGCAUCUGGUGGCGUCUCUCGAGCUAACUUCGCACAACGUCACGUCACUCCUGGCCAUCCUUUCCGGCGCGAUUAGCAGCGGCAAGCCUUUACCUCCGUACCUACGAGCUCCCGAACGGUGCCACAUCGGCGAGAUGCUCACGACGCUUGACGCCGGUAUUAUGAACACCCAGCAUGUCUGCGAGCCCGGUUACUCGGCGUUCGCGGUCUUACAAGUGAGCACGACUAUGCUUGCGGAGGAUCUGGCGGACCUGUUGGCGGACGCGAAGAAAUUGGUCGGCGAGGCUGAUUUUGAGCUCGAUGUCGUGCAGGAAGAUUACGAGAAGCAGGUCGGUGCAGAGCCGGUUCUGCCGGCAGUCAGGACCAAGGCGGACUGAAGGUGGUAUUCCGGGAGACAAUCCAAAUGGUGAUUUGUGGUAAUGAGUAGCGAGAGGGAAAGGAGAGGGUUGGCUCGCUGUGUGCUCUGAAUAUGUUUUGGUAUGGAAGGGGUUGCAAUACUCGACUAAGGAUUGAUGUGGG